GGAAGUUGCUGGAAUUUGGUUAGGAUCUUUAAACCUCAGUGAUAGGAUAGGACAAUAACAGAUCAGAGUUCUCUGUCGUAAUCCAUCCGACGAAGUAAUAACGAUUUUUUUAAAAUUUAUUAAUAUGAUGUCAAUAAUAUGUGCUUGCACAGGAACCUCUCUGCUUACUAUUGCUUGCAAGGUUUAUGAGUGUGUGGCUGAAGCUAUCGAGCUAGCUAACUUAGCUAGCUGUCCAACCACCUAUCUAGUUAGUUAACGACGUUAGAUAGCUAGAUAGCUUGCCGGUUGGAGACAGACGGGUUGAUGUCAGUCAGUAGCUGGCUAGCUAACCAGAACAGCCAGGCGAACACAAUAAUAACUUAAAACAGACAGAGCUAAGUUAACUAGCCAACGUUAGUCUGAUUGAUUAACUAGCUAACGUACGUUAGCUCACGUCGUUAGGGCUCCGGGCCCGAGAUGUAACUAGUAUAGCGUAUGUAGUUAGGUGGAGGAUUCCUUUGAACUCUGCUUUUGGACCCUGACCUUAUUCCGUGUGUGUUACGUCAGGAUUCUCGAUGGAUAACACUGGAUAUUGCAACGAGAGUAGCACAAGUGACGAGGACAUGGUGGAGAUAGCAGGGGCAACAUUAGACUUCUCUACCACAGAGGAUGUACCACCCUUGGACCGAGACUAUGGUUCUGGUAAGACAAAGGCCCAUGUGUGUGCCUGUUUGUGUUGUAGUGAUUUUACACACACAUCUUUUGUGCCAAAACAAGUCCUGGGUAUUGCAAAUGUGUGAUUUCGUUUUUUUGUUGUUGUAUUAAUUUAACACCAUAAUGUGUUUACCUCUGUCCUUUGAAUCCCUCCUCUCUUUAAAUCCUCACGUCUAUCCUCCCUUCUCUUCCAGGGGAUAACCCAGGUAUGGAGGAGGUGAACGGGGUGCCUAAGCUGAUGGACCUGCUGGAUGAUCCCGUGCCAGGGGUGGGCACCUAUGAGGACUUUAACACCAUAGACUGGGUGCGGGAGAAGUCCAAAGACCGCGACCGCCACAGAGAGGUGACCCACAUCUACUUAUUUCUUAACCAACUUCCCAACCCUUAUCAAAACACAUGCCUCAAACAGGCUUCAGACUGUAUCUAUGUGUGCUGGUCCUCUUUCGUAGGUGUAGUAACAACACCUGUGUAUGUUUUACAUGGCAUUACUGUCUAAAUCAAAAGUAUCAUAGUGUUAUAACAACCAUAUUUAUGUAAAAAGGUAUACCCAAAUGCGCAUCAGCCCAGCUUAAACGUAAAAGGGGGGAUCAGGUGCUCAACUGAGGCACUUGAAAAUCCCCAAAACAUCCCUUACCCCAGGAUACUUCAACUGGUGACUAUCCGGGAGAAUAAAGAAAAAGGAGCACUGUUGCCGGGUAAAUCGGAUAGAUUUAUUGACGGGACAAACAAACAAUAGGCUUACGUUUCGGCAUGAAUCGCCUUCAUCAGAGCCUUGAAUAGGAAAAAUGGAGGCACCUACAGUAUAUACCCUCGCAGGGGACUGUCCCACUCAUCAUGUCAAUACGGUCAGUAGUAGUAGUAGCAGCAACUACACAGGUUAUUCAAACGAGGAUGACCAUCAUUCAAGAUUCCUACACAAAUUCCACUUGAAAAGCAAAAGACAGAAAUAAACAAAAAAUAUGAGAGAGCUGUUCAUUCAGACCCUUUAGCUCGACGCAAUCUAAGCAGUCGAUCCAAAGUGCCUCUCUCUGUAACAAUUUCCUCACAAUAUUGCCACCUCUGGAGGGAAGAGAAACUUUCUAAAUUCCCCAGAAUUUCAAGGUUGAGGCUGAGCCAUGAUUGGCAUUCACAUAAUGCCGCACGAUCGCAUAGUCCAUAUUUUUUGUGUGGAUAGCUGUUUUGUGUUCAGCUAUUCUUAAUUUGAGAACCCAUUUUAUCUGACAAGCCAACAUGGGCAUUUGAGCAUGUAAACAACGUGUUGUGCUACAAUUUAUGAAGUAUUUUAUCUUGUAUUCUUUACCCGAGCGUGGGUGAUAGAAUACUUUUGUGUCACUUGAGUUGGAUAAAUGUGUACAAUAUUAGAAAAGAACGGGUUAGAUAAAUAAAUUAACAAUGCUGUUUCUUCCCAGAAACCCCAAAACAAAUUAGCAUAAUUUGGCGCAAAUGCCGAAAAAGAGCCUACUGUAAUAAUUUAAAAAAAGUUAAUAGAUAAUGCCAUUUCGGUUAAUGUCAAAAUAAAACCAGAAGGGGGCAGCAGACCUUCAGGGUGUGUAUCUACAGUGCAUUCAGAAAGUAUUCAGACCCCUUUUAGUUUUUCCACAUUUUGUUACGUUACAGCCUUAUUCUAAAAUGGAUUGAAUAAAAAAAUGUCCUUAUCAAUCUACACACAAUACCCCAUAAUGGCAAAGCGAAAAAAGGUUUUUAGAAAUUUUUGCAAAAAACCCAGAAAUACCUUAUUUACAUAAGUAUUCAGACCCUUUGCUAUGAGACUCGAAAUUGAGCUCAGGUGCAUCCUGUUUCCAUUGAUAAUCAUUGAGAUGUUUCUACAACUUGAUUGGAGUCCACCUGUGGUAAAUUCAAUUGAUUGGACAUGAUUUGGAAAGGCACACAGCUGUCUAUAUAAGGUCCCACAAUUGACUGUGCAUGUCAGAGUAAAAACCAAGCCAUGAGAUCGAAGGAAUUGUCCGUAGAGCUCCGAGACAGGAUUGUUUCAAGACAGAGAUCUGGGGAAGGUUACCAAAAAAUGUCUGCAGCAUUGAAGGUCCCCAAGAACACAGUGGCCACCAUCAUUCUUAAAUGGAAGAAGUUUGGAACCACCAAGACUCUUUCUAGAGCUGGCCGCCCGGCCAAACUGAGCAAUCGGGGGAGAAGGGCGUUGGUCAGGGAGGUGACCAAGAACCCGAUGGUCACUCUGACAGAGUUCCAGAGUUCCUCUGUGGAGAUGGGAGAACCUUCCAGAAGGACAACCAUCUCUGCAGCACUCUACCAAUCAGGCCUUUAUGGUAGAGUGGCCAGACGGAAGACACUCCUCAGUAAAAGGCACAUGACAGCCCGCUUGGAGUUUGCCAAAAGGCACCUAAAGGACUCUCAGACCAUGAGAAACAAGAUUUUCUGGUUUGAUGAAACCACGAUUGAACUCUUUGGCCUGAUGCAGAGCGUCACGUCUGGAGGAAACCAGGCACCGCUCAUCACCUGGCAAAUACCAUCCCUACGGUGAAGCAUGGUGGUGGCGUUUUUCAGCAGCUGGAUCGAGAGAGAGAGAGAUUAAUGGCGCAAAGUACAGAGAGAUCCUUGAUGAAAACCUGCUCCAGAGCGCUCAGGACCUCAGACUGGGCGAAGGUUCAGCUUCCAACAGGACAACAACCCUAAGCACACAGCCAAGACAACGCAGGAGUGGCUUCGGGACAAGUCUCUGAAUGUCCUUGAGUGGCCCAGCCAGAGCCCGGACUUGAACCCGAUUAAACAUCUCUGGAGAGACCUGAAAAUAGCUGUCAGCGAUGCUCCCCAUCCAACCUGACAGAGCUUGGGAGGAUCUGCAAAGAAGAAUGGGAGAAACUCCCUAAAUACAGGUGUGCCAAGCUUGUAGCAUCAUACCCAAGAAGACUCGAGGCUGUAAUCGCUGCCAAAGUUGCUUCAACAAAGUACUGAGUAAAGGGUCUGAAUACUUAUGUAAAUGUGAUAUUUUCAUUUUUUUUAUUUUUUAAUAAAUUUGCAAAGAAAUCUAGAAACCUGUUUUUGCUUUGUCAUUAUGGGGUAUUGUGUGUAGAUUGAUGUUGGGGCAACAUUAAAAAAUCCAUUUUAGAAUAAGGCUGAAACGCAACAAAAUGUGGAAGAAGUCGAUGGGUUUGAAUACUUUCCGAAUGCACUGUAUAUCCUUGUAUUGCUACUGCUGUAUCAUCAAAUUAAUUGUCUAAGUGAGUCUCAGAAAUGGCUAAUAUGAAUGUUAUCUGAUGUUAGCAAGUUUGUGAUUUCAUUAACCUUAUUUCUAAGGCUACAUAUAUUCAUAUGGGCUACUUUCAGCCCUUUCCUUGGGUAGAUUUUCAGAGAGGGACAUAAUAUUGAAAAGAGCGAACACAGCAAGAUAAAAAAAAUAUACAUUCAGCAGUCCGUUAAUCCGCUGGUGUGUGUGUGUGUGUGCUGUGGGGUUGAAGCUACGAACACAUAGGCUUGGCUCUCUCAUCCCUUCCAGGCUUUUGGGAGGGAGGGUGGACAAUGAGCCUGUCAUAGCGGAUGCAAGCAAUGCCCCAUGCGCUCUGGCAGCUUUCAUGGCUAGGAUAAAUUCUUUCCUCUUCUGGCGCAUAGCUUCAGGAUAGUCCUCGUUGAGGAAGAUGUACGUUCCUCUCAAGUUCUUGGCUCUUUCCAGAACAGCUACCUUGUCCUUGAACCUCAGGAACUUGACCACUAUCGGCCUGGGCCUGUCACCUGGGCUGGUGGUGGGUUUUCCAGUUCUGUGGGCGCGCUCCACCUCAAUCUUCCUGUGGUCCAUCUUCAGUUUCUCCGAGAUCAUUUCCCUCACUUUGUCCUCAGACUCCGUCCAGGUCUCAUGUGGAGAUUCUGCAAUUCCGUCCACAACAAUGUUGUUCCGCCUUGAUUGUCCCUCGAAAUAAUCUGAUUUCUCUGUCAUUGUUAUCAUGGAUUCACAUACAGAACUGAUGCCCUCUCUCAAUGACUUACAGAUUGCUGUCAUCUUGCCGUUCUCAUGUUUAAACUCAUCGAGCUGACCCUGGGAGAACUGCAAACUGUUCUUCAGGUCCUGGACCUCUCUGGUCAGGUCGUCCAUUAUUUUAUUAGUUGACUCCACCAGUAUUUGGACACAACACUUGAAGCAAUUUUCUUGUUGUAACAACUGCUUGUAGAACUAUUUAUGUUUGUUUUAAAUAUCCUUCACCUGUGAUAGAGACACCACUAUCCUCAACGGUACUCCCCCCGACUUUGGUCAUUGUCACGGUAGCAACGUAGGCUACACUGUUACUCCUCACAGUUCCAGACAGGACAUGUUGCAGGGAAAAUUUGAAAAAAAAACAACAACAAACAGCAGGGAUCUAGCCAGCCACAAGCCCAGGAAAAUCCGCAGUCCCAGCCACAAUGGCUAACCGCGUCGCGGGCUGCGUUCAAGCCCUCAAGAAAAGCCUGCUAGCUUGACAGCUAGGCUAGCUGCUACGCCAAGCAGCUCCUCACACCCUUGGUCGGCAGGAUCACUGGACAGAUAGUAGCGAUCUCAGCAACUGAUGCCAACCGCUUCGCGGGAUCCAACCUCAAAGGGUAGCUAGCUAUUAACUUUUUCAAUAGACUUUCAAAACUUUCCAACAACAAACUUUCCAUCAAACUUUCCACAACGUCAAACCGAGCUCUCCCUCGUUCUGCGUUCAACAGAAAGUGACAUGAGCACUCUGUAGUAGCACUCUGUUGCAUUAUCUCUGUCUCUGCUUUUGUCUUUUCAAUGACAAGCAACAUGAGAUCCAGAGAGCAUUUGUUCAAAAUAUUCUCAUCUCCGCAUAAAAUGACUGUCUUCUAAGCCAAAAGCGGGGGCCUUGUUAAUUAUAUGCCGCCGAGGGGUACUCUGAUAGAGCAAUAGAAUGUCAAAAUAGGCAACUCUCUUUCUCUGUUCUUCUAAGUCUGUUUAAUUUGCCAAUGUCAAUAUUGGGUUCGAUUGGCUCGGUGAGAUCUUGGAAGAGUGAAUGUGGAAGUAUAAUGCUCUUCCUUAUAAGAAGAGUAUCAGAUCUCUUCUUUGUACUUAUUUCGGCAAAAUGGCUCAUUGUAAAAUCCCUUUGUGGCUGUAGGCAAGCUGCAGGGGUUUGUGUGGGUGUCCUCCACGAACCGCCAAAGUAGAACAAUGGGAAAAGGGUAUACUGAAAAGCACUUCAGCCCAGCUGAAUAUUUGUCUUUCUCUGUAGAUUACCAGUAAAAGCAAAGAGUCCACAUGGGCGCUGGUGAAGAGUGUCAGUGAUGCCUUCUCUGGAUGGCUGCUCAUGCUGCUGAUUGGACUCAUGUCAGGUCAGUCUAAAUGGAUACAGACAUACUUUUUAAUUUGAUUCCUUCUACUAAGCCCCACACAGCAGCACCCCUGGAAGCCAUUGAUUGUGUUAGUAAUUGACCUUGUGGUCUAUUCCAGGCGCAUUGGCAGGUGGGAUCGACAUAUCAGCCCACUGGAUGACAGACCUCAAGGAAGGGGUUUGUCUGAACGGGUUCUGGUUCAACCAUGAGCACUGCUGUUGGACCUCCAACGAGACUACCUUCCAGGAGAGGGACAAGUGUCCCCAGUGGAAAAGCUGGGCCGAGCUCAUCAUCGGCACAACAGAGGUGGGUUAAAAUUGUACUACUUGACCCAUUGUUUUUGUUUUAUGUGAGUAUUUUGGUCAGUCUUAUUGUGACAUUUUUCUCUGCAGGGUCCCUUUGCGUACAUUAUGAACUAUCUAAUGUAUGUGUGCUGGGCUCUACUAUUCUCCUUCCUGGCUGUGACACUGGUCAGGGCCUUCGCCCCCUAUGCCUGUGGCUCUGGAAUCCCAGAGGUAAGACUACUUUAUGCCUCUUGCCUUAUUUGACACGUCUUCUUUUGAAAUAGGACAAAUGAUGUGGGUCAUUUACCCAUGCUAUUUAUUUUCUCCCCCAGAUCAAAACCAUAUUGAGUGGGUUUAUCAUCCGAGGGUACCUGGGGAAGUGGACCCUGGUGAUCAAGACCAUCACCCUGGUCCUGGCUGUGUCGUCAGGGCUCAGCCUGGGGAAGGAGGGACCCCUAGUCCACGUGGCCUGCUGCUGUGGCAACAUCCUCUGCCACCUCUUCACUAAGUACCGCAAGAACGAGGCCAAACGCAGAGAGGUGAGGAUCAAUAGUAGUGGGUUAUUCACAAACAUCUAAAGGUUUUAAAUGGAUGGACAGGUUAACCUUUGACAGUCCUUUUCAAGGAACUGGCACAACUUGCAAAAACUAUGACCACUGAUGUUGUUUUGCGUUGACUCUGAAAUCAAGCUGUGUCAAAAGAAUGUGAGAGAGCCUCAAGUCAGACUCAGCACGGGAAACCCCCAUGAAGUAUAAAUAGCCUGUAGAUGGUCUCAUGGAUUUACGAUUUCAACAAACAAAACCCCAAGGUGAUAUUUGUUCUACCCUGCCACAGCGAGACAGUAUGAAUGGAAGUGCAAUGCCACAAUUAUGCAGUGACUCUUUCUCAAUUCUGUAAACAUUGUGCCUGAGAUUUUAUUUCCAACACAGAGAUAUUUUGCAUUGAUUCAUGGCAUUAUAUUAGCUGUUAUUCAGCUUUGUUGCUGAGCUGUGCUAUAAAGCCUUAAUGUAGUGACACAUUGAUCACCUUCCUUCCUCUCCUUGGUUGUUUGUGUCAGGUUCUGUCAGCUGCUGCUGCCGUUGGUGUGUCUGUGGCUUUUGGUGCCCCCAUAGGAGGAGUGCUCUUCAGUCUGGAGGAGGUAACAAGUGCCUUGACUUCCUCUUUUUAUGCAAAUCUGUGUUUUAUGACUGUAAGUUGAAACACUCCUAAAGUUAACUUGAACGUUAAAUUCAAAUGUUAACGUUUGACUAAGAGCGCCGUGUAACUGUCCGUCUCCUCAUGGUCCUGUCAGGUGAGCUACUAUUUCCCUCUGAAGACGCUGUGGCGGUCGUUCUUCGCGGCCCUGGUGGCAGCCUUCACCCUGCGCUCCAUCAACCCGUUUGGCAACAGCCGCCUGGUGCUGUUCUACGUGGAGUUCCACACCCCCUGGCAUCUCCUGGAGCUCAUACCCUUCAUCCUCCUUGGCAUCUUCGGCGGCAUCUGGGGCGCCUUCUUCAUCCGAGCCAACAUCGCAUGGUGCCGGCGGCGUAAGACCACGUGGCUGGGCCACUAUCCGGUCCUGGAGGUGCUGGUUGUCACCGCGAUCACGGCGGUGGUGGCUUUCCCUAACAGCUACACACGCACCAGCACAAGCGAGCUCAUCUCUGAGCUCUUCAACGAUUGUGGCCUGCUGGACUCCUCCAAGCUGUGCAACUAUGACAACGCCAACGUCACCAAGAGCAGCAACGAGCUGCCAGACCGUCCGGCUGGAGAUGACGUCUACACGGCCAUGUGGCAGCUGUCCCUGGCCCUUGUCUUUAAGAUGCUAAUUACCGUGGUUACCUUCGGCAUGAAGGUACUGGAAGACCUCAUCCUCCUACCAUAGCCUGUCUAUAUGGCACAUCAAUGACAGCUCUUCCAUGUGAUUUGAGUAUUAAUAUAACAAUGUCUUUCCGUUCCUCCAGGUGCCUUCUGGUCUGUUCAUUCCCAGUAUGGCGGUGGGGGCAAUCGCAGGCAGGCUGCUGGGGAUAGGCAUGGAGCAGCUGGCUUACUACCACCAUGACUGGGUGAUCUUCAGGGGCUGGUGCUCCCCUGGUGCUGACUGCAUCACCCCAGGCCUCUAUGCCAUGGUGGGGGCUGCUGCCUGCUUAGGUAAGGCCUGCACGGGUACUGGAUGUUGGCACCUUGCAUGUUUAAGAGCGUUUUCUUCACUUGUUUUUGUCUUUACUCUGAACUUAUUUUUCCUGGUUAAAUGUUGCUAUCUUGAGGCUAUGCCUAAUGUUUUCUGCCUCCACCCCUCUCUCUGUGCCCACAGGUGGGGUGACCCGCAUGACCGUAUCCCUGGUGGUCAUCAUGUUCGAGCUGACCGGAGGGCUGGAGUACAUCGUGCCCCUGAUGGCGGCGGCCAUGACCAGUAAAUGGGUGGCGGACGCCAUCGGGCGCGAGGGCAUCUACGAGGCUCACAUCCGCCUCAACGGGUACCCCUUCCUAGAAGCCAAGGAGGAGUUCAGCCAUAAGACGUUGGCCAUGGACGUAAUGCGGCCGCGUCGCAGUGACCCGCCGCUCUCCGUACUGACCCAGGACGGCAUGACUGUAGAGGACGUGGAGACCAUGAUCACAGAGACCACCUACAGCGGUUUCCCCGUGGUGGUCUCCCACGAGUCCCAGCGCCUGGUAGGCUUCGUGCUGCGCAGGGACCUCACCAUCUCCAUAGGUAGGGAUAAUAGGUCAUCAUAUGUCGUGCUAGAUGCUGGCUUUUGACCAACAUGUUCACUGUUAUCAAAACAGUGAGUAUGGUUACAUGCACACAAUAAUGCAAUUAUUGUGGAUAGUCAGAUGAAUGUAAUAGUUCGAUUCAAAUGUUUACAUGCUUUGCAAGAAGAAUGAUUUCCCUAAUUAUCCUGUUUACAAGGACACAUCUGAAAUCAGGUUACCUGAUGGCACUGAUAAAUGCAGAAAAUCGCCAAUCAAAAUAAACGUUCUUCCACAGCGGCCAUGUUAUUUUUGUAAAGCAUAUUUGAGUUCGGACAUAUAAAGUUUGUAUGUGAAAACUACUGCUAAGACGCAUACGUUCAGUUGUUCCGAACUCACUUCACUCGUGCUAAAGAGGGAGGCUCGCUCGGCUGGUGCGAUCACAUGAGCAGAUCAAAUACACCGCUUGAACGCCGAUUUAAGGUGUUUAUAUGUCCUAAUAAUUGUGUUUUAAUCAGUGUAUGCUUACUUUGAUUUUGACCUUACCUUGAUUUAAGAUAAACAGAGUAAGGUGUUUACAUGACUAUUGUAAUCUGCCUACUGUCAUAAUCAGUUGAAUAUCGAAUUAUUAAUGUGCAUGUAAACUUACUCAAUGUCAUUAGCAGUGUAAUUAACACAUUUUUGGUCUAUUUGUCUCUGUCACUCCUCUGUAAACCCUCUCUCCCCUCUCAGAGAAUGCCAGACAGCGUCAGGAUGGGAUAGUGAGCACCUCCAGGAUCUUCUUCACGGAGUACACCCCCCCUCAGCCCCCCAGCAGCCCCCCUCCUCUGAAGCUUCGGGGCAUCAUGGACCUUAGUCCCUUCACUGUCACAGACCACACCGCCAUGGACAUUGUGGUGGACAUCUUCAGGAAGCUGGGCCUGCGCCAAUGCCUCAUCACACACAAUGGGUAAGACACCUGCUACUGAGAACUAGCUAUGUAGCUAGGAACCACUACUUAUAUACAUUUCAUGAGUAGAACUGAACAGAAACCCCAAGACAGACACAAAUAGUGGCAGAACUUACUUAUGUAUUGUAUAUGGUUUUGUCCCUGUCUCUUUUGCAGUCGGUUGCUGGGGAUUAUCACAAAAAAGGACAUUCUGAAGCAUGUGGCCCAGAUAGCUAAACGGGACCCAGACUCGAUCCUCUUCAACUGAUGCUUCGCUACCAGCUGCAGCACCUUUGGCCAGGCAUCACUGUGGAACCACAGCUUUUACCCAGGCCUGUCUCCAGGCCAACUCCAUUGCAAUACGUUCAUGUCUAACUAGUGGUUUCCUCCCACUUUGAAAACAUUGCAGUGACAACUGGCCACUUCAUUAGAACUAUGGAGGUAGAGGAGUCAUUGGACUUCAACAGCAAGCUGGCUUUCCAGGAUUGACCCAAACGAUGAACUGGAUUUAGAAAAAGUGUAUGACUUGUUAAAUGACUGUCGGUAACUGUGAGAGUAUUUUUCCCUUGGCCGUAUAGGCAGGAGUGGUCUUCCUCUUCAGUUGUUCAGGUAUAGCAUGUGUCUCUAGAGAGACUAAGGAGCCUAAAGGAGCUGAGACCAAAUCUGGAAUCUUGAGGUAUUAACAAAACCACUGCCAUGGAAAUCUUAACCCAUACAAUCACUAAGCUAGGAGUGGAAAUUAUCAGCUUCAACCUAUCAAAACACCAUGAGGAAAAUCACAGUUGAAAGUGUGAAGUCACUGUCUGCCUAAAAUAUUUGUUGAUGUUGAAAUGUUGAAGUAUUUUCCCUGGUGUUAUAGCUACCACUGUUUAGCUCUACAGAAAUGUUUAUUUUCUUGGCAAUGU